AACCACUCAUUGACACUACAUUUUUGACCUUUUGUGUGGUUUUUUCUUCUUCUUAGGCUCAAUGCUGUGUAUAUGAAGAGUCUCUUGUUGCUUUCCUUUUAUCAAUAAUAAAAAACAAAAAAAAAACAAAACCCUUAUCCACUUCUACCAUUUUCUUCUUCUACCAAAUUGUUUUGGUACUUUUCAACAAUGAGUGUCCAUGGAAAACAAAGCCACAGAGGUCCUUUCUCAAGGCCCGUGCUCUGUGCUUUUGGUCUCUCCUCAUCGGACAACCAUCAAAUCAUUUGCCUCCUAAGCUUCUGGUUGGAUUCAACCGAAAGCAAGCAAAGCAGGUUCUAGAGUCUUUGACAUACGCACUCUCUCUCUCUCUCAAGAACCCCAUUGAUUCAUAGAUAAGCUCAGACUUUAGCUUUUUACAGCUAAUUGAAAAGGACCCUUUUGGCUCUCUGAUCUUAUUUGACUAUUUCUAUUCCUCCUUCUAUAUCAGUUCUCUCUAGGUAGACAUUUUGCAUCUCUCCUUUGCCUUCUCAGUUUUGUUUACCUUUGAUCCAUACAAUAUGAGGCUAAAAAUUGAGCAAUUGCCACAACAUUUAGUCCCUCAAUCUUUUUCGUCCCCAAUACCCAUAUAUCUGGCCACCUCGCCGUCUUUUCUAAGACCAAAUACCAAAAGAGAUCAAGCCCUGCUAUGUAAAUUUGUUCUUUCUGGCACUGGCACAUCGACACGGCUCUCGACCCCUCCAUCUUUCAACAAAUUGGUCUCAAGAGGGCAGAGUCUGAAACGAGCUUGCAGUGCAAACUUUGAUGAGUUCUGUGACGAAGAUUUAUUAGAACAAAUGUUUGAUUUGUUGGAUGACAAAGAGAAUGAAGAACACAGUAAGAAGAUGACCACUUGUACAAUUUCUGGGGCAAGUUCUUCUACGUAUGAAGAAAGCAAAUAUAGUAGGAAUAUGUCAAAACUGGAAUUUUUGGAGCCCCUGAUGCUUGGAAUACAUCCUGAGCCACCGGAAUGGCCAGAAAGGGAAGUGAUUAUUCGGGCAAGCAUUGAACAGAAGGCAAACAGCAUGGAACUCCCACUUUCGCUUCGGAUGAUAAAGAAGAAGCAAAAGUGGCCGGAGGGUUCUACAGAUUUAGGAGAGUCAUCUUGCUCUUCGGUGAAAAAGGCCUUCUCUUCGAUGGUGUUCAUCAUUCUAGAGCUUCAGAGCUAUGCAUUGCAGAUGAGAGAGGUAGUAUGCUAUGAAGAUUUAGAGGGAGUUGUGGGUAAAGUUCAGAGAGAAAUGCACGCUUCGUUCGCCUGGUUGUUUCAGCAAGUGCUUGCUCGAACACCGAUUUUAAUGGUAUAUGUGAUGACCCUCUUAGCCAAUUUCAGUGUACAUUCUGUGGCCAACAGUAUUACCAUUCAAGACCAUUCAUCACCGGGGAUCUUCAGUGAAACAAGAGAGACAGUAGCAAUGACCGAGAGACAGGAUCAACCACAAUCACAAGUGGAAAUGAAGUUAUUUUCUGUCUCAAGCGACAAUGGUGGUGGCAUGAAGCUUCAUCCGGUUCCUGGUGCGGCUGGAGGAGGGGACAGUUACAUGGGCAGAUCAUCUCUGCCCAUUGAAUUUCCUGAUUGUGUGCCUGAUGACAUAUCCGAAAUUUCAUCCUAUGAGGAUCACAAAAUGAAUGAAGAGGAGGCGGGUUUGUGGAACUCAGUACUUGAUGAAGCUAAGAGGACACAGGCCGAGUUGAGAGAUGAUGUUCUUGAUCACGAGAUGAUAAAAAGCUUCACUUCACCUGUGACUGUGGAUAUUGAACCUGACAAUUACAUAGAAUAUUAUAGAACUGAUCUUCUAUACCAGACGAGUUUAUCUGAGGAGCCUAAUAAUCCACUUCUGCUCUGCAACUACGCGCAGUUCCUGGGCCUUGUUGCUCAUGACUAUGACAGGGCCGAGGAGUGCUUCAAGCGUGCCCUACAAGUGGAACCAGCAGAUGCGGAGGCCCUGAGCCUAUACGCAAAUUUCUUGUGGUUAGUAAGGAAGGAUCUUUGGGGAGCAGAAGAGAAGUACCUACAAGCCAUGGCAGCUGAACCAGACAACUCCAAUCAUGCAUCUAAAUAUGCCAGUUUCUUGUGGAGCACUGGUGGCGAAGAAACCUGUUUUCCCAUUGAGACUUCUUAGAACAACAGCAAGGCUCAAAGUUUGUCGAAAAAAGCUUUACAAGAAAUCUCUCACAAGAACAUGGAGGUGUGAAUCUUGACUCAUCCUUCACAAUUUUCUGGAUCAAUGUUUGACGGAAGGAAGAGGCCGGAUACAAAGGAUGUUUCGACAACUUCCCAAGACGAAAACAAGAAGAAGCGUAGUGGUAUAAGUAUAUUUCCUUACACUAAAUGAAAAUUGGCUGAGUCCCAGAUCAGUGGAUUUCAACCAAUAUGAAUUAGGAGUUUAGGAGAAUAAUGAAUUGGAAGGGGAACUGGCAUGUUCAAUAUUGGACAAGUUUUUGACUCAUCUGAGUUCAAAAAAGUCCUUGAAGAACUCUUAGGAGUUGAGCAGUUGGAUGUGAUUUCAUUCCUCUUGUAAUGUAGUAGGGGAAUAACACUGCACAUGUGUGGAAUAGGUGGUGUUGGUGCCUUAACUAAAUGGGGGCAUUAUAACCAUUCCAUUCCUUUUUGUAAUGUAGUUGGGAAUAACACUGCACAUGUGGAAUUGGUGUUGGGCCUUAAUGAGGCAUUGUAAAUACUUCAGGAAUUUUGUGGUUAGUUUCAGGUUGGAGAGCAAUCCAAUGAAUUGCUGUAUCUAUCAUACAGUAUCAUCUAUA